AUGAUUGCCCGACUACCCACCACGCAAGAAGUCAAGGGACGCGUGGACGCUUUGAUUGCGAAACUGAACGAGGACCUCUGGCAGGUCAAUCACAAAAUAUGGAGCAACCCUGAACUCGGCUUCAAGGAGUACAAAGCGCACGACACGAUCUGUGAUUUCCUCGAAGCUCAGGGUUUCACAGUCACUCGUCAUGCCUAUGGAAUCGAGACCGCCUUCGAGGCACGGAGCGGCUCUGGUGGCCGCCUGGUGAACUUCAACGCAGAGUAUGAUGCGCUGCCCAACAUCGGUCACGCAUGCGGCCACAACUUGAUCGCCACAAGCAGUGUAGCCGCUUUUCUCGCUCUGUCAUUUACCCUCAGGGAUAUGGGAAUCCCCGGCAGGACGCAACUACUUGGAACUCCAGCAGAGGAAUCUGGUGGAGGCAAAGUUGACCUGCUUAAAGCCGGAGCAUACAAGGGCGUCGAUGUCUCUCUGAUGGCCCACGGGGGACCGAGCAAAAUGGGAAAUCAUCGACCGUGUGACGGGAUUGGUGGUGUCCGCAUGGUGGCUCGAGAACAACUCUUCUGUGACUUUGAAGGCAAGAACGCCCAUGCUGGUGGCAAUCCCUGGGACGGAAUCAACGCACUGGAUGCCUUUGUGGCCUCGUACAACAACCUUUCCAUGCUUCGCCAGCAAACCCGUGACACCGACCGUAUCCAUUCUGCGGUUCUCGACUCUCCCAAGGUCGCAAACGUCAUCCCCGCUCACAUUCGAGCAAUGUUCAUCGCCAGAAGCGAGACGUUGAAGUCCUUGGCAGCCUUGACCUCCAGAGUCACCAAGUGCAUCGAGGCUGGCGCGCUGGCGACGGGCUGCACGGUCAAAAUUGAAAAGGAAGCGUACUACGCAGACAUCGUCCUCAACGACACGUUGUGCCAGCGAUACAAAGCUCACGGCGACGCGUACGGCUUGAAUGUGCUCGCAACCACUCCGGAGGUUAUGACCGGAUCGUCGGACAUUGGUAACAUCAGCUACGCCGUUCCAACGCUCCACUCGAUGUUUGCUAUUCCCUGCCCAGAAGGGAGUUUUCCGCAUCAUGCCUCUUUUGCCGAUGCGGCUGGACAGCCUGCAGCCCAUGAGUCGGCGUUGGUGACAGGCAAAAUCCUGGCGUUGCUAGGCUGGGAUGCCGCCGUGGAUGAUGAAUUCUAUGAGCAGGUCAAGUCCGAAUGGGUGAAGAGCAUCGAAGAGGCAUCGAUUUAG